ACCAGACCAGGCACCAGUCGACCAUCACCAUUAUGCUUUGGUCCGUCCUCCUCCUCGCCGCGGGCGCUUCUGCCCAUGUCAAGAGCAGCCUCCCUUCGGUCCCCUCGGGCUGGAAAAAGGUUCGCGCCGCCUCGGCCGACGAGAGCGUCUCGCUCAAGAUCGCCCUCCCCGCCCACCAGUCCGAUGCUCUUGAGACUGCCAUUCUCCGCGUGUCUGAUCCCAACCACCACGAGUAUGGCAUGCACCUGAGCAGCGAAGAGGUUCGCUCGCUGGUUGCGCCCUCGGACGAGACCACGGAUGCCGUCACCACGUGGCUCAACCGCAACGGUAUCAAGGGCAAGGUUGACAACGACUGGAUCUCCUUUACCACUUCGGUCGCCAAGGCCAACAACCUGCUCAACACCACUUUCGACUGGUACCAGCAGGAUGGCGACAAGACGGGCCCCAAGCUCCGCACUCUCCAGUACAGCGUUCCCGAUGAGCUGGAUGUCCAUGUCGACAUGAUCCAGCCCACCACCCGUUUCGGCAAGCUCGCCGCCAAGGCCUCCACCAUCUUCGAGAUCUUCGAUGAGCCUGAGCCCAAGAGCAUUGCCAACGUCAAGGUUGGCGGGGACCACCCCACUUGUACCGGCUGCAUCUACCCCGACGAGAUUCGCUCCCUGUACAACAUCAAGUACAAGCCUUCUGCCUCGGACAAGAACACCAUCGCUUUCGCCUCGUACCUUGAGCAGUACUCCAACUAUGACGAUUUCACCUCGUUCGCCAAGGCCUUUAUUCCCGACGCUGCUGACCGCAACUACACCGUCAAGCUCGUCAAGGGUGGUCUCCAUGAUCAGUCUCCCGAUAAGAUCGGAGUCGAGGCCAACCUUGACCUCCAAUACAUCCUCGCCAUUUCCAACCCCAUUCCGAUCCGCGAGUACUCCAUUGGCGGCCGCGGCCCGCUCGUCCCCACGGCCAACCAGCCCGGCCCCGAGAUCUCCAACGAGCCCUACCUCGAUUUCUUCCAGUACCUUUUGUCCCUGAAGAACUCCGAGCUCCCCGCCACCCUCUCCACCUCGUACGGUGAAGAAGAGCAAUCCGUGCCCCGCGAGUACGCCCUCAAGGUGUGCUCCAUGAUCGGCCAGCUCGGCGCGCGCGGUGUAUCCGUCAUUUUCUCCUCGGGCGAUUCCGGUCCCGGCGACGCCUGCAUCCGCAACGACGGCACCAACAACACUUACUUUGAGCCCACCUUCCCGGGCGCCUGCCCGUGGGUUACCUCGGUCGGAGGCACCUACCAGACGGGCCCCGAAAAGGCCGUUGAUUUCUCGUCCGGUGGCUUCUCCAUGUACCACAAGCGCCCCGUGUACCAGGAACGCGUCGUCAAGAAGUACCUCGACAAGAUCGGCGACACGUACAGCGAGUUCUUUGACGAGCAGGGCCGUGGCUUCCCCGACGUGAGUGCGCAGGCAUCCCGGUACGCUGUGUACGUUGACGGUCGUCUUGUUGGCGUUUCUGGUACCUCCGCCUCGGCGCCCAUGUUCGCUGGUCUCGUUGCCCUGCUCAAUGCUGCCCGCAAGAGCCACGGCUUGCCGAGCUUGGGAUUCAUUAACCCCUUGCUGUAUGCUGAUGCUUCCAAGGGCGCGUUUACGGAUAUUGUGGAUGGUGCGGGUACUGGAUGCCGGGGCAGGCCAGAGUUUGCGGGUGAUGUGGGUGGGACUGCCAAGUGGAAUGCUACCGAGGGAUGGGAUCCCGUUACGGGAUUGGGAACGCCCAAGUUUGACAAGCUGUUGGCGCUGGCGGCGCCGGGGGUUAAGAACGCCUAAUGGAAAUGCGGAUGGAUGGGGUGUUGAUGAGGAGGUCAAUGCGAUGCGAUGCAGCGGUAACGAAUACCUAGGAUAUUUUGUUCAUGUGUUAGUGAACGGUAAUACCUAAUGACUUUGAAUCCUUAUUUUGAUCGAUGGUCGUAU